AUGCUCAACAACAACAACAACGCUGUGACCUCUUUACCAUCUUCAGGCCUCUCUCACCAUCUCUCAAAAAUUUUCGAUUGCAAAGGAUUCCGAAGUUUAAAGAAUUCUGGAAAAUGUUCCAUGAUUGGAGGAGGUCUUAUCAAACUCGGAAUGGUUACCGUUUCGUCCAUCAGUACUUCAUCAUCACCAUCACGUUCAUCGAGCAUGGAUUCAACCCAUCAUUAUUCCAAUAGUGUGAGCAUAAACACUGAUCCUUUUAGCAUCGUCGUGAGAAGAUAUGCCUCAUUGUUUGGAAGCAGAAGUUAUUCUUCGAGCAACAUUAAGAAUACAAACCAUCCUUCGAAAAACAUUGAUGAAAGCCUUAGACAAAAACAAACGGAAAGCGAUUUUCUGUUGACAUCUAUUCAUGAGAUUGACAAAUACAUUCAAGGCCAUAAGAAUGAACUGACAAAGGAGGAGUCUGUUCAUGAGUUUUUCAAAAUGAUGAAGUUUUGUUUGGCUUAUUGCCAAUUACAUAACGGAAGAGCUUCUAAAAAGUUUAUUGCCUUGAUCUAUUCAGUAUCCAAAGGAGUGUUAAAAGCAGUGCAAAAUAACUCUCAAUUUUUAAGAGACAUUUACCACCUACUUUGCAUGUUGCAUUUUACAAACUUUCCUGCUCUUCAUGUGCCAUGCAUUCAACUCGCAUUUGGAUUUAGGGAGACCAAAGAUUCAGAAAUGUGCGUUUCUCUAUUUGAAAAUCAUAUAUUGCCAAUCCUGGAAGAAGUUCAUAGAUCGAGAACUGAUUUUUAUUGCGACUACUUGCUAUCGGCAUAUAUCCUGUUACCUGAGUUUGCGGUCACCAGAGAAGACUUUGUUGAAAAGAUAUUGGAAUUGAGUUCAAAAUUUAUUCCUAGUGAUGCAUAUGGCGUACCUCUUCACAAGAUCACUGAUAAGAAUUAUUGUACUCAAUUAUUACCAUCAGAAUCUAGCAACGGAUUGAAACAAUCCUUAAGAUAUUUUUCCAAAUAUCUUUUUGAAUAUAUAUUAAGCGUUGAAACAAAAACGAAGAAAAAUGGUUUAUUUGAUGGAAACAUACUACUAGAAACCUUUAGAAAGAUUCAACGAUUUCAUAAUCAGCUUGAGAUACAAAAGUACAACUAUGCUCUCGAAAUUUUAGGAAGAAAUGAUAGCCCUCAAACAAUGGAAUUUUUCGAUGAGAUUCUAAAACUAAGCUAUACUAAGCCAGAUGAAUCCACCUACGGUACUCUUGUGAAGUACCUUUCAAACAAUGUGAAAAAAGGACAGGAAGGACAUGAUGUUGUUAUAAAGUGUUAUAACGACAUGAUGCAAUCAGGACGUGUAAAUCAAAAAUCUCUCACAACAUUUUUAACGGUCACUAGACAUCAUUCCAUGGAUUUCCAAGAUCUUCGAGAAAAGAUUGCUAAUCAAAUAUACGAAUGGAAGAAUGAAAAAUUAGAUCAAUUCUCGGUGACGGAGGCAAUUCUCCAUACUUUACAAAAACAUGGAAUUGAAGCAGCAUAUGAAAAAUUGACCGACCUUAGAAGAGAUGAAAAAGCAGAAAUGUCUCCUAGCGUCUACAAUGUUAUUUUGAAUGCAGUUUCAAGUGAUAUUCAACAGGUAACUCUUGCAUUUAACGUUUUGAACUAUAUGAUUGAAGACAAGAUCAAUCCAAACGAUCACAUAUUGGUUAGUCUACUUAGUAUUGAAACCAAGUUGCACAAUUUAUUAUACAAACCAGGAAGAGUCGAUCCAGUAAUUGUGGACAGACUAGAACGAUAUAAGGUCACUAUUGAUUCAUUAUUGAAGGACUUAAUUGAAGAUGUUUGUGAGGGCAAGGCGCACAACUAUGUUGUAAUUUCUGCUGCGAUGAAACGAUUUAAGGAAACUCAAGAAUAUGACAAGGUCAUUAAAAUUUGGGAGAAGAUUAGAGAUAAAAUGACGACCGAAGCAAAGCAAGAUGGGUCUAUUUAUUUGAUUGUAAUGAGAGCAUGUGAAGCAAACAAGAAUGUGCAAGCUCUUUAUGAGUGCGUCGAACAUUUAUUGAAUCAAGGGCUACCAGUUUUACCAUGGCAACUUUAUCAUCGUAUUGUAUUGUUGGCUGCAAGAAUGGAUUUUGGAAAUCCAGAACUCAACGAUCGUUUAGUAGAACUAAUAUAUACUAGAUACACCCCACAUUAUGCGGAUCUAACGAAUAUCAAAAGACAAACCAAUCCACAAUGCCUUUCAAGAAAGACAUGGAAGGUACCUCCACCAAGUUUAACAACAGGCGAAAUCGAAUUCAUCCAAAAAAGCAAAACAAGUUUUGGCGAAGAAUACUGA